AUAAGAUAGGUAUGGCCUUAAUGUAUAUAUACAAGCAAUUGAACUCUUCUAAAGUGCAUUCCAUUGAGAUCACCAAUUUCACUCACUUUCAUUCACGGCUAUGGCAUCACAAUGGGUUGUGGUAGCAUCAUUCCUUCUUUGUUGCUUAGCACAAACUUGUUAUGGUGGUGUUCUAUUCUCAUCCUUACAAAGAACCAUUGUUGUCACCGCUUCCCCCAAGGAGGUACAAGUUCUUAAUGCCGGAGUGGACAAAAUCACUGUAACAUGGGCUCUUAACAAGACCGAACCAUAUGGAAUAGACUCCACCUACAAGACCAUCAAGGUGAAGCUAUGCUAUGCGCUGGUUAGCCAACAUGACCGCCCGUGGAGAAAGACGGAGGAUAAUCUCUCCAGGGACAAGACAUGCCAGCAUAAGAUUGUUUGGAAGCCCUACGAUGCCUCCAACAAGACAACGCAAAGCUUUGAGUGGACCAUUGGGCGUGACGUCCCCACGGCCACUUACUUCAUACGCGCCUACGCGUAUGAUCAAAACAACAUGGAAGUGGCAUAUGGUCAAACCACGAACGAGAAGAGUACCAAUUUGUUUGAGAUAAAUGGAGUCACUGGAAAACAUACCUCACUUGACAUAUCCUCUGUUUGCUUUAGUGUUUUCUCUGUGGUGGCACUUUCUGUGUUCUUCUAUAUUGAGAAGAGAAAAGGAAAGGUUGCUUCUUCUAUAGAGCAAAAGUGAUUACGUGAUAUGCAAGUAAUCCAAAGCAUGCUGUUAUACUUAUAGAUGCUACGUAUUUGGUCUGCAGUUAGAGAAAUGCUUCGCAGAAGAGAGUGCAUAGCUUAAUUCAUUGUCUUAGCUUACAGGGACAACAUAUGAUAAGUUAUAAAUAAUCACAAGUGGCCCUGUUUUUAUCCUCUUAAACAUCUGAGGCACUUUUAAGAGGAUGAAUAUUUGUUAACAUAUUAAACAGAGGAAGAUAGGGAAGAACCAUGCAAAUCUAAACAAGGUCUACAAUUUGAGGUAAUUCAGAAUCUAUAAUAAAAGCCGGGUCAUUUGGUCAC